AUGGAUUACAUAAGUAAAUCAAUAAAAAUAUAAUAUUUAAUAAAAAGAUAGUCUAUUUUUAUCGUUUUUGAUAUUUUUGUUGCGAGCAAAAAUUUAUUUUUAGAUGUGUAAUAUAUAAAAUAACAUGUACUUAUCACUUAUAAUUAAUAAGUACCAAUGUUAUCAAUUUCUUUCUAAGCAUUAAAUAAAAAAGAAACAUUCACAUUAUUAGAAAAUGUUUUAACACAUUUCUGAAAUUUUGUAUAUUUCUUUACUAUUUCGCGUGUCAUGUGUAUACACAUGCGUAUACAAAUUUAUAAAUCACGUUUUCCAAUAAGCGACGGAUGUAUAAUGAUCGCCAUAUAUACAUAAAACAUUAUUUGCUUAAUACAUAUAAAUUAUUAUCUGUUUUUAUUACAGAGCAUUUAUUUUUUAUUUAGUAUAUUAAUGAUGAUAUGAAAAUUACAAUUCUAUUUUGAAAAUCGAUUUUAUUUAAUCAUUUUUGAAUAAGAUAUAGAGGUUCGCAUUUUCUACGAACUCUUUUCAAAUUGGAUAAAAUUUCGAUGUAUAACACGAUUGGUUGAAACGAGUUAUCAACGUUUUUUGAAGAUAUUGAACCAAUGGAUGUCGAGGUUGAUCACCACCGAUAUUCCAAAAGUCAUAUUGCCCUCUUCUAUUUUGUUGUUGGUUGCGAGAGUCUCAGUAAAAGAGGUGGCGUUCAUUGUUGCAACGGAGUUUGGCGGGCAACAUAGCAACGAUUGGCUGGCUGAUCUUCCUUCCCGUAGUCAAUGGUCGCCACAUGCGUGUUAUAAAUGUAACCGGAUGGGUCAUUAUGCACGGGAGUGUCCGCAAGGUGGUGGAGGUGGAGGUAGAGGUGACCGUGGUCGUGAUCGAGAAGGUGGUUUUGCACGUGGUCGUGACAAGUGCUACAAGUGUAACCAAUUUGGACACUUUGCACGAGAAUGUAAAGAAGAUCAAGACCUUUGCUACCGUUGCCAAGGUGUAGGGCACAUCGCAAAAGACUGUCAGCAGGGGCCUGAGAUGAGCUGUUAUAACUGCAACAAGACUGGUCAUAUGGCACGUAGCUGCCCUGAGGGUGGUAAUGAUUCUGGACGUUUUGGAAUGCAAAGUUGCUACAAUUGUAACAAAACAGGUCAUUUUGCUCGUAACUGCACUGAAGUCGGAGGAAAGGCAUGCUAUACUUGUGGCAAACCUGGUCAUUUAAGCCGUGAAUGUGAUCAGGAUGACAGAAAGUAGGAGAUAACCGGAAUCCGUGCCGCUCGCUUAACGAUAAGCCGUUUACCGUCGCGCGCGCUACUACCGGGGAUUGUAGCUAGGUAGGGAUGUGCGAACGUAUGUCUCGUUGAUACGUAUAAUUGCUAAAAAUGCGUUUUGUCAUAGUCGUUCGAAUUUCCAUCUCUCCAUGCCCAACUCCCGGAGCCAAUUUUAUUCCUAGUUUCCCUCCCCUUCUACAUGUCGUUGUUCUCUUCGCAAGGGUUUUUCUUAUGAUGUCUUUGUUUUUUAUUUUUUUUUUUUUUUAUUUUAUUACUGUUACAUUACACUAUACAUGCGUGCGCGCGCACAAAGUACAUUUACACAUAGGACACAUCCAGCAUUACAUGAAUACACACUAUACGAUGUAAUAAUAUUAUAAACAUUCGAUUGAAUUAGAGUAGAGACAUGAAUCCUCUGUCCCCUGACCUUCAAACUAUCUCGUACGCGCAUUGUUUUAUGAUGCAAGAUGUAUGGAUUCUUUAUGUAUUUCAUAAAAGAAAUUUUCCAAAUGCAACAUUUACGACGUAUUUUGUCAACUUUGGCUGAUUUAAGAUAUUGAUGUUGGUAAUUCAUAUUGAAAUGGUGAAGGAUUAUCAGCCUAUUAAAUGAUAAAUGGAUAAUCGUUUGACAUGAUAAAAAGGAAUAUAAUGACUGUGAAAAAGAAAAUUGUAACAAAUUAAAUUUGUGCUCCUUUUUCACAUCCACGCAUCUUGUAUCCGGUCCUCCCUCUCGAACUCUAGCAACUCGAGUUAAGAAGAAAAAAAUGUUCAGAAAUAAUGGGAAAGGAAGUGAACAUGCCGGCCCUGAAUACAUAUAAGUAAGGUUUAGUAACGCCAAUUUUUAAUGUGUAAGGAUGUAAUGAGGAUCGUUAAACUAUUAUUUUCUAACAGACCUAGUUUCAGACAACAACAAAAGCUGCACAAUUGUAAGAUUGUCAGUGUUUACGAGUUUAUAUACAGUUAUACUUGGAUAUUAUCUUAGAUUCUCAUAAACUAGGGAAAAGAUAUGUGUACUUCGUGUUUUUAUGUCAGAUUCUUUAAGUGAAAAUGAAUGCAAUUACCGGUAUGAUCAUCAAUGAUCAUAAAAACGUAUACAUGUAUAUAUACAUAUAAACACAGAGGUCUAUACAAGUUUGCACAUUUUGUAUGUACAAUCAUAAUUGUUAUACCAGGAGUCACCAUUGUUCAUAUUGUCAAUGAUUGUUAUGGAUUUUCAAAGGAUGCAGUUGCACUUUGCCUUACUAUAUCCUUACAUAUGGUGAAAUAUUUCGUUACUAGGUAUAUGUAUAUAUAUAUAUGCACAUAUGUGUAUACAUAUAUACAUACAUAUGUGCAGGAGCUGUAUUUUGUACUGUAAAAAGCUAGAUAUACUGUGGUCGUUGCUGGUGACUAAUUCCAAUGAUUCUCUUAUUUAUACAUCACAGAAGAAAAAGCAAAUUAUAUUUUCAUGUAUAAAGUACUACAUUAAUCUUUUUUAUAAGUUGUAGAACGAAAUUUUUAGAUACAAUUUAUCUAGUAAUCUCUUUUCUUGUCAAGUACGUUUGCUGAAAAUCAUGAGGUGAUAAAAGAAAAAAAAAUAUGUUGUGAAUUUGGAAAUAUUUCUUUCCGAAAAUGAUACUAGCAGGUGUAUUAUGUUAUUACAAGUAUAAAGUUACGCAAGAUUUUU